UGCCGACAGUUUACAAAUAAAUGUUUUUGUAUACCUAAAUUAUCCGUAGGAUCAUCUCCACAACCAUGGAGCCUGAUUGCUAUCUUGUGGAAGUCAUCCACUAUCUAAAUCCCCAUUUAAUUUGGGUUCGUAACCCGUCGACCGACACCAUGGAGCAAAUUGGUGUUUAUGGCGUCGUUCCUCUGGAUAAGGAACUUAUGCUGGAUACUCAAGAGAUAGAGACGAAGCUCAGCAACACCUGGAUGCAGGCGGCGACCUAUGUUAUGAUGAAAGUCUUCAUGGAGGCUACGGCAGUGUGGUUUCAGCCAAUUUAUAUACAUAGAAGAACCUCUAUCUUUGAUACCAACAUACACAAAUACGGUGAGCUUUUAAUAGAGAAACAAGAUGGUAGGAAAAGGAAACUCUCAAGCUAUCUCAGAAAAUCCGAAACUGCUCUAUAUGACGAUGCUGCUUUCCACCAACAACUAAGUUCAGGGCUCAUUCAAACAAAACUAACUAAAACAGAAACAGAUGAAGUGAUGAAAGUUAUCACUAGUAAAUUAAAAGAUUAUGAAUCUGUUGUCUCAUUCCAGAAACAAACCGAAGUAUACCAAGUUGCUAAAAAGCUAGAAGCACUAACUACAGAAAACUUAAACAAGCAUAACAGCAGACUGAAGAAAAAUAUGACCAACAAAGACAUUGUGAACGUCUUAGACAGGAAGUUUAAAGAUUUACAACUGUGUAAAGAUCUCGAUGAUGAACCUCAAGGUAGAGCCACUAAAAAGACCAAAACAUCUGAAAGUAACUCUUCUUCACGUCUUGACAAACUUAAGAAAUUAAGUGCUCAAAAUAAUGUUGCUAAAUACGACGACUAUAAUUAUGCAAAGGCUGAGAAUAAUAAAGCUUACGAUGACUAUAAUGAUUCAAAAGGUACUUAUAGUCAGAACAUUCAUGGAUGUCAGAUGAAUGUAGAUGAAGGUACUUAUAGUCAGAACAGUCAUGGAUGUCAGAUGAAUGGAGAUGAAGGUACUUAUAGUCAGAAAAGUCAUGGAUACCAGAUGAAUGUAGCCGAGCCAAAAAAAAUGGCAGCAUUACCGGAUGAAGGCUCUGUGACAAAAAAAUACGAGAGCAUCGAGAGAUUCGAGAGUUUCCAGCCCAGAAGGAAUUCCAAAAAUAAGAAGUACAAAACUUCAACAAAUAAACCAUCUGAAUAUGAUGUGAAAACACACAUGCGAAUAGCAUACAGCCCGCCCGGCGUCGAUAAGUCCAAACUUGCGCUCAAAAUUGUACCCAUACAACAAGAAAGUGCUAAUGAAACAUAUAAAGUUGACAAAGAAGAUGACACUAAUGUAAUGAACCCCAAAGAUUACACUAAUAUGAUGAAACAUAAAGAUGACAUGUACGGCGAGGUAGACUCUAAUGUUAACAUCACUAUCACAAAUAAAGAUGUAUUAAAGAAAUACAAUAAUUUAAAUGAGAGUAAAUCUGAAGGUACAGAAAAUCAAAUCAAUAGUUUUGCCAAAUACAAUGAUACUGGCAGAGGCGAACAAGGCGUAACAGAGCAGAAUAAUGAAGAAAAAGCCAAGUCUGAUGUUUCCUCAAGUGAUGGCAGUGCUUUAACAUCCAAGCUCCUUCAAAAGAGGCUUAAUAUGGUAAAAAUAAUGAAGAAAAAUAGUAGUUCAUCUUCAAAUACCACAAGCAGUUCGGGAAAGGUAAAAGAGAUUGAAGGCAGUUCAACUAAUACAACAAGCAAGGACUCUGAUGAUGAUGAAGUGAAUGAACUCAUUGAAAAAUAUACCGCUAGUCUUAAAGCUAACGCUGAAAUUGCCGAAAAAAAAGACAAUAAGACUGUUGAUUUAGUUGCCAAGAAAAACAAUGUCAACCCAUUUCAAAAUGUAGACCCAAAUCUGUCUGUGUUUGUAGAUAAAUUAGUUAAACCUGUACUCAUGGUGCAUACUAAAAACAAUUCUCGGAUUGAGCCUUUGGUUGCCUUAAGUGACAUACCGUUUAAUGCUCAUGUGCAUAAUGUGCUCAGAAAUAUGAAUGUUGACCAAGCCAUGACCAUGCAGUCUGUGUCGUGGCUAAGUGUCCUCAGAGGAUUCAGUACCUUCCUCAUUGGACCACAAGCGUGUGGAAAGACCAUGGGAUAUUUACCAUCAAUAUGCCGACUUAUAUCGGAUUUUGAUAAUGAUAUUGUGAACAGUGUCGGCCCUACUUGUAUAAUAGUGGCUGCCACUGCCCAAUCCGUCUCUGAUAUUGAGUUUAAGUGUAGGAUGCUUCUCGGUACUAAAGAAACAAUUUUCUCCUGCUACGCUGGCAUGGACUUGUUAAAAAUUACCACGUCUUUGCUAAAUGGGUGCAACCUUUUCAUUUGCACGCCCUGCGUUCUAGUCAGAUUGUUGCUACAAACAGAUUUUGGUUUGGAUCUGCGUCGUUUGACCACUUUCGUACUCGACGAUUGCGAGAGGCUCGAAGAGGUGUACAAGAGUGAAAUCAAAAUAGCGUUGUCCAAAAUUAAGCACAUGCUGAAAGCGAGAGUCAACAAAGAAGUGAAAGUCCAGUACAUUUUGGCUUCGAGAGUGUGGUGUGAUUUUAUGGAACCACUGGCCAAAAAAGCACCAAACACAGUAGUUUGCAUAGGUGCCUUCCAAGAAUGUGUGCUUUAUUCCAAAGCCAACACUACCGUUGACUUUGUUAAGCCUGAAAACAAGGUUGCAAAAGUGCUGGAAUUUGUGCAAAAAAUGGACAAAAAGAAGAAGACCAUUGUGGUCUGUCGAACAGAUGAAGAAGUUAUUGAACUUGAAAAGGUUUUAAAAGAGAAGCAUGCAGUGGUGUACGCUUGCAAUGAUGAAAUGACGGUUGAAGAUCUGAGGAAUUUUAAUAUAACAUGGGACCAGUAUGCCGACCCGACAAUUGGUCCUAUUCUCGUGUGUUGCGAUGGGAAUUUGAGCCAUAUGAAUAUCACGGAUGCUCACAACCUGGUUCAUUAUUCCAUGCCAGAACUGUUCUCAAGGUUCUGCAAGCGCUUCUCAGUGCUAAAUGAUAAUUAUCCUUCUAUAUUUAAAGACGAAAACGAGAGUGUGGCUAUAAGGAUCAUUAUCGAAGAGAGCAACGCAGAGCAGCUUCCGAAAAUCUGCAACUUCAUCAAACGAUGCACUAAAGAAUUCCCUCGAAAUUUGGAUGUUAUUUGCAAGGAAAUUUUGACCAAAAAGGACAUGGUUAAAGCCGCUAAUCUCGUGCCUAUCUGUGGAAAUCUGCUGGCUUUAGGAGAUUGCCCUGACUUCUGGUAUUGCAGAGAAAGACAUACAAGUUCGGAAAUUCAUGAUGAACCCAAAGAAUGGAUGCCAACUGAUGGUGUAAUCACUUUUAGGAUUUUGCACUACCAGAGUGCAGUUACGUAUUCUGUUCGUUUACUAUCAAACAUUAAGAAAGGAGGCAACAAAAAGUACCCACAAACAUACAGUACGCUGUCCUUCAAGAUGGGGACAUACUUUAGCCAGGAGAGUAAUAAGAAACUUCUCGGCGUUCCAAAGAUCGGUGACGUCUGCGCAGUGGCGAUAAACCAAGACUUCUACGUGAGAUGUCAAGUAGUCGACAUAAUCAAUAAAUAUAGAAACGGUCUACCAAACCAUGUAUUAAUAAAACUCAUAGAUGAAGAAAAGCUGGAAACCACGCGGGAUAUAUACCUGUACCAUCUACCAAAAGAAUUUAGAGAUGUUGAAACUUACGUAGCUCAAGUGAGCUUAGCAGGUGUUCUGCCAAAAGACAAGGAUAUAACGUUCUCGGAACUGGCUAAAAACCAUAUCAAGAAAGGCUUGGAAAAGAAUGAAAGCUUGUAUAUGAGAGGCAAAGUUGUCCUGACGAUUGGCAACCGAAUAUUCGUCGACAACAUCGAUGUGUGUCAAGACUUAACGUCUAUGAACGAGGUCGUGGUCAAAAACAACUUCAAAGAAAUGUUGUCAACGCAUUCUGAAGUGUUCCCUGAUCAUAUAAAGAAAAUAAAGAGCCGUCUGUUCGCCGAGGAAGAAAUAACUAUGGAGAACACAGAUUGUGAACAAGUUGAAGACGUAAAGCCAGUAAAAGAACCGCCUAAAGUACAAUGGGCGCAUUUAAAUCGCGAAGACAUGUCGUUGGUCUAUUUUACAUCGGCAAUUGAUCCGAGCACGUUUUUCGUACGUUUGGUCAAAUUUAAAGACACCAUGGACUCCCUCUGUAAAGAUAUCAAGAAGUACACAGAAGAUAAACCUGAGCCACUGAGAGAGGUUAAGGAAAAAGACGUCGUUUUGGCUAAAUUUCCGGACAAUAAAUGCUACGAGCGAGCUCAAGUGGACUGCGUUGAAGGCAACAAAGCAAAAUGCUUUUUCGUAGACUAUGGAGACUGGAGGGAAGUGCCUUUGAAGGAUUUGACGGAAAUCCCUGAUAAAUUUGUGCUUCGCUUACCAUUCCAAGCGAUUGAAUGCAGACUUCUGGGUGUCAAGCCUGUGGGCGACGCAUGGACGGACUUCAGCACCAACUGGCUUUGCGACCGAUGCGACGUCGAGGACGACCAAGCCUUGAAGAGACUUUAUGUCCAAUACUACUCGACUGACAAAGCCAAGUUUACCGGCGGUAACAAAUAUGCAGUAGCAUUAAUAGACACUAACAAUGACUGUGACGUUGUAUAUAACACACAAAUGAUCAAUCAUAAUUUGGCUGCUCCGGAUGAAAAUGAAAUCGAGAUACUCAAUAACAUUAAUUUCAUAAGGCCCGCGGAGAAAGGUCAUGAGUCUAAUGAUGAAGAAGACUGGAGUAACGACGCAUACGAUAAAUCGGCUAGGCUCACUAAUAAGCCUAUCAGGUCGGUGUCUUUAGUAGAAGACAGUGACACAGACAGUGAUAGGUGGAGCGUCAACAUGCCUGAUGACAUAGUGAGUACUUUUAAACCUGAUGCGAAAUCCCUAGAAAUGCCUAAAAUCAAAUCAGACACAUCUUCAAUAGCGAGUUCCAACAAAAUUGACAAUGAUUCAGUUACAAGUGAGUUUGAAGUUGUGAAAAAGCUACAAAUUAAAGAAUUAGACUCUGAUGAUCUGUCUACUUCAGAAAGCGCAAGUAUAACUGAAAAACCAGAAUUAAUCAAAGAAGCAAUUGAAGGCAGAAAACCAAAAUUACUGUGGAGACAAAACAAAACAACAGUGACAGUAAAAAUCAUGUUAGUAGGUGCCGAAAAUUACGAAUUGAAAAUACAAGAAAGAGAAUUAAAUUUCUCAGCAGACAUAUAUGACACAAUUUACAAUUUCAAGAUAAAUUUAUACGGGAUAGUUGAUAAGAAUAAAUCUACACAUGAUUACAAAGGACAGUAUAUACUUGUUAAACUUUUUAAGGUUAUGCAUAAAAGUUGGUUGACUUUGACCAAGGAGCCUUCUUUAGCUAAAUGGAUUGUCUAUGAUCAUGAUUCCAUAGACACAUCUUCAGAAGAGGAGGAUGCUAUAGACGACUCCAUUGCCAAAGUUAUAGAAAACAAUUAUCGUGAAGAUUCGGAUAGUGACUCGUGUUGUGAUGAUCUGAGUUUCAACUAUCCUAGGUAGACGAUAUGUGUAAAUGUAAUGUAUU